GUCACUCACACCCUGUACGACCUCACAGCCCGUGACAGCGGCGCCGCUGACUGACACCUCGAGUAGCCAAUGGCUGGACGACGUUACUGUAACACCAGGAAGUUUCUUCUUAAACUGUCCAAUGGCAAAGUAAGAGGAAGGCGGGACUUGUGAGUAAUACUUUCGGAGUUGUGUGGCUAGGCUAGCUAGCUAGCUGGCUAAUUAGUUGAAGAAAUAAAUAGGAAGGAAAAAACAACAACAGCAAAGCUGGCUCGUCCGUGAGCUAAAUGUCACACCGCAGCGCAGAUGUACGGACAGCCACCAGAAAGUGCGGCAUGUGGGAGAGCGAAAGUACAGCGCUGACAGUGGGCCUGUUUAUGAUGAACGCCGUCGUUGGAGCCGUGAGCUCGGGAACAGCCGAGGGAGCAAUCACGGAGGGCAAGCUGCGGUGCAUCGGCGUGAACAACCAGACCUAUUUCUGUGAGUCGGGCCACUGCUGUGGAGAGUCUCAGUGCUGUAGCUACUACUAUGAGCUGUGGUGGUUCUGGUUGGUCUGGACUGUCAUCAUCAUCCUGAGCUGCUGCUGUGUUUGCCAUCAUCGUCGCGCCAAGCAUCGCCUGCAACAGCAGCAGCGGCAGCAUGAGAUCAACCUCAUUGCUUACAGAGAGGUUCACAAUUACACCUCACUGCCCUUCUAUUUCAGGUUUCUUCCCAGCUACCUCUUACCUGCAUAUGAGGAGGUGGAGAACAGACCCCCAACACCGCCUCCUCCAUACAGUGCCUCACAACCAGGUCAAAGCACAGAUUCAGUCAACCCUGAGCAAACCGAUGAGCUGUGCCCAUCGCUACAGACAGGCUCCACAGCCACUGCAUCAGAGGGCAACUCCACUGUGCACUGCAUCGAAGAGACCAGUCGCCCUCCUGCUCAUCGGCCAACAGGUGAUGCGCACAAACCCUACCUGAGCUUUGAGGAGGACAGCCAGCAGCAGCAGGAUGCAUCGGCCACUUCACCCGAGAUAAGCAAGACUAGCAAAGAACCCUUAAAAUCUGGGGAUCAAGGGCUUGAUUGUUGUCCUGAGAGCAAGGACAAGACAGUGGGGCGCCAUAGACGAUUUACCGGAGACUCAGGAAUCGAGGUUUGUGUAUGCAGCCGUGGUCCAGGAGAAGGAGAGUAUGAGGAAGAGGAUGAGAUGAAGGAACUUGAGGGACUUUUGGACGGAGAGGAGUUACAGAAGCAGGACUUCUGUGAUAGUUGCAACCCUCAUAAUGACAGCCUUCAAGGGCAAGGUGAUGAGGAACAGGGCUUUGCUGGCCCAGAGAGAAGCCCUGAGCACAGGGAGCCUCCUCUCCAGCGCCCCCCUAUCAGCCUUCAGUUACACACCAUUAACGAACAGGAGGCUUCUCAACACGGCAACAGUGCAGAUUCUCAAAGCUAAGCACCACCACAUACUGAAGUGACUCUCUGUGGUUUGCUGUCUCCCUUUACUUUCUCACUGUACUGUUGCUUUGGCUGUAUGUUUGAAGUGUGAAUGUUAUGCAGAAUCCAGCAAAGACAAGUUAAAAGACAGACUAUGGUCAAGGACACUGCAGAAAAAAAAACGUAUUCAUUUGCUAGGCUUAUAACCUUUGCAUACCACUCCGAACAAGGUGUCGGUAAUUUUUUUUUUUUCCUACUCAGUAGUCCCAGUAAGGGUCACUACUUGUUGUCAAAAGGGUUUCAAAGGCUGAUGCAAAUAUUUAAAUAAUGAGUGAUUUUGGAGCUGCUGUUGAAAGCUGACAUUGUACAGGGAAAUUUAGUAUAGAUCCUAAACUGGAAUUAAUUUAUUUAAACCCUAAAAUACACACAGGUUUUUGGCCAUUAGUUUGUUAUUCAUUCUUUUCCCAAAGUUAGACAAAGCCAGUGACACCGUAUCGUACACAACCUACUACGGAAACUGGCUGCUAGGCAUGCACACAGGAGGGUUAUUUUAUUUUGUUUUAGUUUUUCUUUAAAUCUCCACGAAUAUAAUCCCUCUAACACUGUAAUUUGUACAAUACUUUAUGAAGUAUUGAGUCUAUUCCAGAACUGAGAUUUAUGUUCUAUAUGGCCAAAUAUGUGUGGGCACCUGACCAUCCCACCAACAUGUGGUUCUUUCUCAAGCUGUUGCAGCAACGUUUGAAGCACACAGUUGUAUGGGAUUCCUUUGUAUGCUGUAGCGUUACAAUACCCUUCACUGGAACUAAGAGGCCCAAACCUUUCUUCAUGACCGUGCCCCUGUGCACAAAGCAAGGUCCAUGAACACGUGGUUUGGCAAGGCUGGUGUGGAAGAACUCACUGACCUGCACAGAGCCGUGACUUUAACCCCAAUGAACACCUGACUGUGCACCAGGAUUUCUCACUUGACACUGAGACGGUGUCUGACCUCACUAUCGCUCUUGUGGGUAAAUGGGCAAAUCCCAAAUCUAGUGGAAAUCCUUCACAGAAGAUUGGAGGAUAUUACAAUCAUAAAAUGGGGACCAACUGUUAAUGCUCAUAGUUUUAGAAUGGGUUAUAGAACUUAUAGGGAUGGUCAUGUGUCCACACUCUUUUAGCUGUGUAGUGUAUCUUCAUUAAUUAUCUGAUUUAAAUGGUAAACAAUCUAACUGGCUAUUGAAAAAAAAAGAAAAAAAGAUCACAUCUAAACAGAUAAUUUGAUGAGUACAAGAGGAAUAACAAAUCAUAUAUCUGAAUGUGAAUAUUAAAUCAUGCUAAUCCUCUCAAAAGGCACAAGAUUUUGCACUGCAUAAAUACAAAGAGAAAAAAAAAGAAAUAUGAGGAAUGUCUCUGCAGAUCACACAAUACUUUCUGACUGCAGAACUGGUGUGUGUGUGUGUGUGGACUUUAUCGGUUUCUGACGGUUAAUGUGUAUCUCUUGCUCUCUUUUUUAUAGACACUGUCAUAUGUUGGACAUACUGUAACAGUAUCAUGGUGGCCUGAUAACCUGGCUUUUUUCCCCCCAGGAUUAUUUAAUUGAUAUAUUUGCUCUUAAUCUGGCCGGCCUUAAGGUUCUUUUUUUGUGUGCAUGUGUGUACAUAUAUGUGGACUCAGCUUGAUGACUAUGCCUUUUAAAAAAAUAAAUAAAUAAUCCUCUAUAAAGAA